GGAUAUUUCCAAAUCUUUGUACCGAGCUACAUGCCGCACAAGGUCCGUUGUGGCAGCACUCACAGUAACACUCUAUUUUAUCCGGCGUAGUCACCACUUGCAUAUCAAAUGUUAUCUCUGCGCCAAAAAGAAGAACAAAUGCCGCAAUGUGCUCACCAUAUAACUAUGCCUUGUCCUUUUCUCCGAUCAUUCAACAACAAUGCCUGCCUCAUCCAGCUUCCCAACAUCUCCUUCGCGUGAGAAACAGUCUUCAAUCACGGCCAAGAAAGCAGAUACGGCUGCAUUUGUAGUCUCUACAUGCCAAGUAAAUCCAUCAAUUGAGAAAUCUCUGCUUAGGAAGCUUGAUCUCCACGUUGUUCUUCCACUCAUGAUCUUGUUUGUUCUCGCUUUCCUAGACAGGGUCAAUAUUGGCAAUGCAAAGAUACAAGGCAUGACCGAGGAGUUGAAGAUGGCGGGGAAUGAUUUCAACGUUGCUCUCAUGAUUUUCUUCCCGGCCUACAUCUUCUUUGAAUUUCCAUCCAAUCUAAUCCUUCGUCGCCUCCCACCAUCACUUUGGUUGGCUACUAUAAUGACUCUUUGGGGAACCAUAACAGUUUUCCAAGGUCUAGUGCGGAGCAAGAGUGGAUUGUGUCUUUUUAUCGCAUACUUGACCGAUCGUCUUCAGCAUCGCUUUGCCUUCACGAUUGCUGGAGUCGUGGUUGGUAUCAUUGGCUACGUGAUCCUUAUCUGCCAGUCGUACGUCUCGACCGGUAUCAAAUAUAUGGCUUGCUUCUUGAUCACUACAGGCGGAUAUAUGACGCAACCAGUGACUUGGGCAUGGGUUGCUAAUGUAUGCCGUCUCAACUUUCUGAAAUUUCCUCUCUACUAAUAAGCUACUUUCUUUUGACGGCUUGGGAGCAGAUUGUGGAACUUAUGUGCACUAGUAUUCAACUGACAAUUAUCCAGAAACACGAUCUCAAAUGUACGAUAAAUCAUGUUGAAAGUGUCUACUAGGGAGCCAUUCUUUCUAGCCAAAUACCUUGCUCUCUCAUAUAUACAUCCUUCCAUUUUGAAAUAAGAAUAUCCCUCUCAACCAUCAACUAAGUACUCUCCCAUUCACAUUCGUGUAUCAUAUCCCCAUUUGAAUUUACCCCCGUUAUGGCGUUCCA